AUGGAAUGAGAAGUGUACCGCUGUGUGUGUUGUCGACGCAAGGCAGGCGUGGUCAGGAGAUUCAAGGGCUUUCGAAUACGUCAAUCGUUGACCUCGAUGCUCUGUGUGGCUCGAUACUCAUCCUUUGCGUACCAGUGGGGUCCAGGCAGUCCAUCGCUGCCAAGCUUGAAGAACAAUUAGUCCGCCUCACAACGCCUUCGAGGUUUGUUACACCAGAUUUACUCCAGAGCUUCGAUAGCUUAGUAGGCACAUCGAAUUAUCUUUAAUAUGCUAGAUUAAAAUUCAAAGAACCUUCGCAGCCGUAUGUCCAGUGCGUAGUCUAAUCGCGCUUGGCACCACUUUUGUUCGGUCGAGUCUUCGAACUUGCACCAGCAGGUCAGGAGGAUGUUCUCUCUUUUUUGUGAUUAGAACACCUUUUAUUUUGGUGAAAUAACGCUUCCCUUCUCCACCUAUAUUUGCAUUCCGACUUCAGAAAAACUGAGAGUGUUUCAAUUAUGGAAUCCUCGAAAUUAGGAGCUUGUCUCAUUCUUCGCAUAACUUCACGACUGACAACAAGUUGCUGCUGAAGAGAAGUUGCGCAUACUUGGAUAGAUAUCUUCUUAUUAUUGAAGACCAGUCUGUGGGGUCUGCUCUGCUCUUUGCGAUUGAUCGUUUAGUGUCCGCACACUACGUAGUGCCUCAAAAUAUGUAAAGGACAGGGGAAAUUAAGGAGUUUUUUUUUUUUUUUUUUUUUUUUUUGUUGUUGUUGUUGUUGUUGUUGAAAGGAUGUAAACCUUUGGAAGGAAGUUGCAGAAUUCCCAGGUCACUUAACCGUCGGCUCAGGGCAUCAGUAGGUGAAUCCACUGCCCAGAAAGACGUCAUGCCCCUCUAGGCACAAAUUUGCUUCCAGCGCCAGUCCCGUGCCCCUUUACUUCGGCGAGCUGAUCGCAAAUCACCGUUUACUUCGAUCUCCUUCGAGUGAUUCUCGCUUGGAAUUCAGCUGGACGCUCAUUGGCAGAUGAAUUUGAGGAGAUUUGAGGCGGGUUUGGAGUGAAGCAGCCCUCAAGUCGGUGUGUUCCGAAGGUGAAGGUGGAGGAGGAGGCUAAGGCCGUCGUAAUGUUGGAUGGCGCUUUCGGCAGUGAGAAUGGCUCUAUGUGGAUCGCUCCUGCAACGUGCUUCAUUACCCACCACUCCCUCCAAUCUGCAGAGUGAUCAAAAGCCGAAAUGGUAUUCCUUGUGCCAGCAGCCAAAGUAUAUUACCUCUUUCGUAGUUGUGCUCGUGCUCAUCUUCACUCUCAGCAGCGUUCAGAGCGAUCCUCUUUCCGCGUGUUACUUUCCGCGUGGAUUGAUGACCCAGGGAUUGCGCUUACGGUUGUGCAGAUUUCAUUCUUGGAUAGAAUCGAUUCAUCUUUCAAAAUCUCAGGACAGAGCAAGGGGUUAUCGGUUGAAGGCACUGAUGGAUGUGAUUUAUCAGCAAAUACAUCGAGAAAAUCGGUCACCGAGUUGAGAAGCAGGUCAAAAGGUCAUGUAGCAACCGCACCAUGCAGGCAAGACGGGGUAAAUCUGCCGCAGGGCAUAAUUGUGGCGACCACAGAUUUACAAAUGCGGUCUCUCUACCCAGAAGAUGAGAAACAAGUCCAAAAUUCCAUGCCGAACAACCUGCUCGCAAUGGCAGUGGGUAUUAAGCAAAAGAAAGUAGUCAACGACAUUGUCCAGAAGUUUCCACUCAGCAACUUCACUAUUAUGCUGUUCCACUACGAUGGGAUUGUUGAUCAGUGGCAAGACCUUCCCUGGAACAAUCAAUCCAUCCAUAUUGUUGCCUCGCAUCAGACCAAAUGGUGGUACGCCAAACGAUUCAUGCACCCAGAUAUUGUGGACCGUUACAAUUACAUUUUCCUUUGGGACGAGGACCUCGGAGUUGAACAUUUCAAUGCUGAAAGGUACUUGGAGAUAAUGCAAGCCGAGGGUCUAGAAAUCUCUCAACCUGGUCUUGAUUCUCAAUCAUCAAAAAUCCACCACCAAAUCACUCGUCGUCAUCCACACAUGAUCGCGCAUAAGUCAAUUCUUACAAACUCGUGCAAACCAGAGAAGAAAGCAGUUCCGUGUACAGGAUAUGUGGAGGUAAUGGCGCCUGUUUUUUCGAAGGCAGCUUGGAAGUGCGUUUGGUAUAUGAUCCAGAAUGAUUUGGUUCAUGGGUGGGGCGUUGACUUCAAACUUGGCUACUGCGCUCAGGGGUUGCGAAGUGAGAAAGUGGGUGUGAUCGAUGCAGAGUACAUCCUGCACAAAGGCAUUCCAUCUCUUAGUGGGGCGAGUGCGAAAAAUGCUGCUCAGACGGCGUACGAUCCUCGCAAAGAGGUGCGGAGGAAAUCCAGCCAAGAAAUGCUGGAAUUUCAGAAACGAUGGACGGAGGCCGCGCGGGAUGACCCAACAUGGAAGGAUCCGUAUGAAGAGUACGCCGCAGCUGAGAUGCGCUACGCAAAUGCGAGAGCAUCAUUAGGACUGACGUAGUUGACAAGACAAUCGGCUCCGGAGCUUCACCGACGGCGCUGAGUUCAUGACCCGCAUGCAUCAAGCACGGUGCUCGAAUCUGGAUGAGAGCAGGAUUGCUGCCGCUGCGAUCGAUCCUGAUCCAGACACCAACAUCCAAUGCUGUGAAUUCUCGAAGACCCAGUCGCCGUGCUUGUUCCUCUCAAUCUGACAGGCUCCGACACCUCGCAUGAUCCGGUUUUUGCACAUAUACCAUGUUCAUUGCUUCUUGUUAAUUUCUAUAUAUAUAUAUAUAUAUAUUGUACCAUUUCACGCAGUACCAUUUCACCCA